AUGGGUUCACGUAUUACAAGUUUAAUUGCGGUUAUAUUAACCAUAAUAUUUUUAAUUAUUUCUGGUGUAUUAUUCUUCCUUGGUUUUAUAAACUUUAAACCUGAAUCAUUGAAAGAUAUUUCUAAAAUAAAAGAGGUUAAGACAGAUUUAUCAAAAUUACCAAUAAUUGAUGUGGAAGAAUAUUUAAAAAAAAAUAGGGAAAAUCAAGCAUCAAUAUCUUUUAUCAAUGAUACAGAAAUUACAAAAGGCUCAUUAUAUACAUAUCCAAAAUGUUUUUAUAUAGAAAAAUCUAUUAAAGAACUUACCGAAUAUAAAGAUCUAAGUUCAUUUAAACCUAGCUUAGAAUUAGGACAAUCAGUAAAGUUCAAUAUUCUUCCAGGUCCAAAUGCAAAAUCAACAAUUGAUUUUUGUGGUAAACACAAUACUCUAUUCAUAAUACAAGCAGUUGUAGUUGGAACUGGUAGUAUUUCAGCUGUUUUACAAGUUAUUAUAUCAGUAUUAACAAUAUUAAUCAUUUUUGGAUGCUGCAAAUAUUCAAAUAUGCCUUUAGUUGUAGCAGUAAUUGGUUUAUUUGGUUUUAUUUGUGCAGCUGCCUGUUUAGGAGGAUUUGUUUAUUUUACUAAAUCAUAUUACACAUUAAGAGGACUAGAAAGUAAAGAAGUUGCUGAGACAUAUGGUUUACCAGAACAAGGAAACAACAUAUAUUACCUUUUGGCAUGCGGUGGUGUUUUAGUUUCCAAUUUAGUUUUUGUAAUUAUGAUGUUUGUCGCAUGUGGACAACGUAAGAAGGAGAUCAUUGUUGAUGCUACUACUACCUUAAAAGGAAAAUAA